GGUGGUGGUAUACCAUCAACAGUCGUUCUUUUACUUUCCUAGAAAUGAAACUACAAGGUCUUGCGUUACUGCUACUGGCAGGUCUGGUUUUGGCAGAGAAGAAGGAAGAAUCUAAAACUGUCGAAGCUUCUGACAAGAAACAAAACAAAAGAGGUCUCUUCGACUUGGGUUACGGUGGUGGACAUGGAUUUGAUCUUGGUGGAAGUCAUGGUAUUGAAUUAGGAGGUCAUGGCUUGGACUUCGGCAGCAGCUAUGGAGGUGGUUAUGGAGGUGGCUAUGGAGGCGGCUAUGGAGGCGGCUAUGGAGAAUCCAAACAUAUUACCAUCACCAAGGAAGUACCAUAUCCUGUUCCCCAUCCUGUACCCUACCCAGUGGAGAAACAAGUACAUGUACCAUACCCCGUCAAAGUCCAUGUUCCAGUAGAUCGUCCAUACCCAGUACAUGUCCCAAAACCAUACCCAGUACCAGUAGAGAAACCAGUCCCAUACCCAGUAGAGAAACCAGUACCAUACCCAGUUAAAGUACCAGUCAAGGUUCCAGUCAACGUACCAUACCCGGUAGCUGUGCCAAAGCCAUACCCAGUACCAGUACACAAACCAUACCCAGUGCCCGUUAAAGUUCCUUACAUCGUCGAGAAGAAAGUACCAGUCCUGAUCCAUGGUCAUGGAGGGUACGAUAGUAUCGACUCAGGUAGUUACGGACAUGGUGGUUUCGACUUUGGUGAUCUCACUGCUCUCGUUGUUUGGUUUCAACUGAACUACAUACUUUUUACGAAAUACAAAUUCUUGUUGAAGAUCUUAAAUCAAUCAGUAAUGAGGAAAAAAUUACUAAAAAGAGCAAAUCGUGAUCUUGCGUUACUGCUACUGGCAGGUCUGGUUUUGGCAGAGAAGAAAGAAGAUUCUAAAGCCGUCGAAUCAUCCGACAAGAAACAAAACAAAAGAGGUCUCUUCGACUUGGGUUACGGUGGUGGACAUGGAUUUGAUCUUGGUGGAAGUCAUGGUAUUGAAUUAGGAGGUCAUGGCUUGGACUUCGGCAGCAGCUAUGGAGGUGGUUAUGGAGGUGGCUAUGGAGGCGGCUAUGGAGAAACCAAACAUAUUACCAUCACCAAGGAAGUACCAUACCCUGUUCCCCAUCCUGUACCUUACCCAGUGGAGAAACAAGUACAUGUACCAUACCCCGUCAAAGUCCAUGUUCCAGUAGAUCGUCCAUACCCAGUACAUGUCCCAAAACCAUACCCAGUACCAGUAGAGAAACCAGUCCCAUACCCAGUAGAGAAACCAGUACCAUACCCAGUUAAAGUACCAGUCAAGGUCCCAGUCAACGUACCAUACCCAGUAGCUGUGCCAAAGCCAUACCCAGUACCAGUACACAAACCAUACCCAGUGCCCGUUAAAGUUCCUUACAUCGUCGAGAAGAAAGUACCAGUCCUGAUCCAUGGUCAUGGAGGGUACGAUAGUAUCGACUCAGGUAGUUACGGACAUGGUGGUUUCGACUUUGGAAGUUAUCAUCAUUGAAUAACGACUGAUUGAAAUAAUGUGCCUGUUUAACUUUUCUAUCUUAAGUGUUAUGCAUAU